UCACCGCCGCGGAGGAGGCUGGAGGAGGCCGGCUGGGCCGCGCUCCAGUGCACGGAGGAAUGCGGUGACCACUUGAAAGUCUGCUCACAAGGCUACACAUGCUGCUCUCAAGAAAUGGAGGAGAAGUACAGUCAGCAGAGUAAACAUGACUUCAGAAAUGCUGUCGUAGAGCUUAGCAAUCACCUACAAAACAUGUUUAGUUCCCGAUACAAGAAGUUUGAUGAAUUCUUCAAAGAGCUCCUGGAGAACGCUGAGAAGUCUCUGAAUGACAUGUUUGUGCGGACGUACGGCCGACUGUACAUGCAGAACUCGGAGCUCUUCAAGGACCUCUUUGUGGAGCUGAAGCGCUACUACGUGGGCGGCAACGUCAACCUGGAGGAGAUGCUCAACGAGUUCUGGGCGCGCCUGCUGGAGCGCAUGUUCCGGCUGGUCAACCCCCAGUACCACUUCACGGACGAGUACCUGGAGUGUGUCAGCAAGUACACGGAGCAGCUGAAGCCCUUCGGGGAUGUGCCGCGCAAGCUCAAGCUGCAAGUGACGCGAGCCUUCGUGGCCGCCCGCACCUUCGCGCAGGGCCUGGCCGUCGCCAGGGAUGUCAUCAGCAAAGUGUCUGCGGUAAACCCCACGCCGCAGGGUACGCGAGCGCUGCUGAAAAUGAUGUACUGCCCACACUGCCGAGGUCUAGUGUCAGUAAAGCCCUGCUACAACUACUGCUUUAAUGUCAUGAGAGGCUGCUUGGCCAACCAAGGGGACUUGGAUGCCGAGUGGAAUAUCUUUAUGGAUUCGAUGCUGCUGGUAGCAGAGAGGCUGGAGGGACCUUUCAACAUUGAGUCUGUCAUGGACCCCAUUGAUGUGAAAAUUUCAGAUGCGAUCAUGAACAUGCAGGAGAACAGCAUGCAGGUGUCUCAGAAGGUUUUCCAGGGCUGUGGCCAGCCAAAAACACUUGCCCAAGGCCGGACUGCUCGCUCUGUCUCUGAAAGUAGUUUCAGUGCUCGUUUCAGACCCUACAACCCAGAGGAGCGACCAACAACAGCUGCUGGCACGAGCUUGGACCGACUGGUUACUGAUGUGAAAGAGAAGCUGAAACAAGCCAAAAAAUUUUGGUCAUCUCUUCCUGGCAACAUUUGCAAUGAUGAAAAGAUGUCUGUAGGCACUGUCAAUGAGAACGAGUGCUGGAACGGGAGCGCCAAGAGCAGGUAUGACUUUGCAGUGACUGGAAAUGGCUUAGCAAGUCAAGUGAAUAACCCAGAGGUUGAAGUUGACAUUACCAAACCAGACAUGGUGAUUCGCCGGCAAAUCAUGGCUCUGCGGGUGAUGACCAACAAGCUGAAGAAUGCCUACAGUGGGAAUGAUGUUGACUUCAUUGACAUAAGUGAGGAGAGCAGCGGGGAGGAGAGCGGCAGCGGCUGCGAACUCCAGCAGUGCUCCCCGGAGUUCGAGUUCAACGCCACCGAGGUCACUGGGAACUCCAACAAGAGUGACAAGACCGUGAACACUUCUGCUGCCACCAGAAGCGGUCUAUCACAAGCAGCCUUGCUCCUUAGCAUUUUGUUCUUGGCCAUGCAAAGACAAUGGAGAUAAUUGUGCAGCAUAGGGGGAGGGGAAAAGACUUUUAUUAUCAGAG